CGGGAUUUCAGAAAACAGGGUCAGAGCUGCAGACCAUAAAGCAGUUAAAAUAAAUCUACAAAUGAAUAUAUACUGUAAUGAUCUAGAUUGGCAAACGAACCACUAUCAAACAUUUUAAUAGUAUUCGUUUCUUUUUAAUUAGUUUUAACUUUCUCCUGUUGGUGUUUACCGGCCGUAUUUGUAACUUUACAAAGGUAAGAGCGCUAUGCUAGGCUAAUCAACUUGGCUCUCUAGCAUUAUCGAACGUUAGCCAACUAACAGCUAGCUAGUAAAUCAACAAAAUGUACCAAGUUGUCUGGCUUGCCCGCUGUAUAAAAAUGGUUAAAAUAACACAUUUUGGAGAGUUUGCUGUAUGUGUUGUGUUUGGUUCUGAUUUGUAGUUCGCUAGCUAACUAUAGGGUAACUAAUGAUCUCAGACCGAAUAAACUGGAAUGGUCUCGCUAGCUAUGGUAACUACUAGCUAGCCAGCAAGUGAUUACAUUUUGGUUACUACUGUUUGAAAGAACUAACGCAUAUGUUAUAUUACUAGGCUGUUGAUCCUAUGGAAAGUAGAAAACACAUGCGUCUAAAGAUUUUGCCCAUUCAUCAGAAAGAGGGAACAUCAGGGUGUAUUCAUUACCUCUUACAAAGGAAACAGUUUACCGUUUAAGAACCAAACGACACGGAGGGACCUACCUGAAUUUGUCCAAUAAGAACUCGCGUUUCCGUUGCAAAACGUUUUCCGUUUGGAGUAAACUGUUUCUGUUGCAAAACGUUUUUUAAUAGACGGAACGUUUGGCAACAAUCGGCAUAAUGAAUACACCCCAGCUUACUGCUGGUUCGUUCAGCCAUUCAUGGGAGGAAAGAAUCGGGUUUUGGGAUAAACGCCGAAAAUAAGCUCUGAGGUUUACACAGGCUUAGGAGAUCUUAUACGUUUUGUUCUAUGAGAUAAAAUCAGUCAGUUAACAUGACCUUUAUGAAUUAUGAAGCCUUUAUGUGCUUUUUCUGAUUACAUAAAUGUUUAAAUUCACAAAAAGUGACAUUAGCUCUUGAAAAUUAGAUAUCCUAAGCCUGUGUUGGCCACUUACCUUAUUUUCUGCAUUUAUCCAAACCCCCCCCCCCCCCCCCCCCAAAAAAAAAAAAAACCUCAAUUAAUUUCCCCACAGGCUUUGUCCAACGAACCAUGGCGGAGUUAGUGCCUAUAAAAAUACGCCAUUACUAUUGCUCUCUAUGAGAGUUGAAAUGUUGUGUUUAGUGACGUUUUACAGUAGAAUGGGAAAGCUGGCCAGUGGUGCUGCUCAGUCAUCUGAUCUGUAAUAUCUCUACCACUUAUCAUGAGAUGUCAUGUUUCCCCCUUGAUACAUGUAAUCUUGCAUUUCUCCACCAUUCGUUCAAUUCACCAUCCAUUCGUGAAUUGCCAGAAGCCUAACAUUAGAUACAGUGAUGGUCUGGGACAUGGCCUGGAUUCAGAUGCAUGCUUUGUGUUCAAAACAAGAUGAGUCGUUUUUGAAUGAAUCAGAACAGUAUGUUUUCUUUCUAAGAUGCAUCUAGAAGUUAUUUAUAACAUGGACAUUAUAACUCAAAACUAGGAAAAAAGACAGUUCCCUUUGUCGGUCAACACUGUACAACAUAGCUAUGGGGAGAUCGCACGCUAGCUCCCUCUACUGAAGAACAUUAGAAUGACACCUGAUGUCAUUCAAUUAUAUAUUAUGGUAAGUUUAAUUGAAACGACUGUUGCUGGUUAAGCUCUUUCUGUAACUUUCCUUAGAAGGUUUGGUGGGACUGAAGUUGACUUUCCUCCCCUGGGUGCCUGUACCUUGGUGGAGUCGGAGUUGCAGGAUACGGGGUUGGAUCUGGGCUUGGGAUCGAAUCACAUGGAGCUAUACUCCCAGCAUGGCGCUAUAGAGCCUGCUGAUAUCUCGGUGUCCUUCGGUGUUACAUAGGACUCACGUUCGGAUGACGACGUGGUUUCUCUGGCCGGUUAAUUUUUUUCUGAGACAGUGAUGGAGGGUUUGGCUUUGGGGCAGCCACAUGUCCCUGAUACGGAUGUAGCAGGGGAAUCCCUGGCUUCUAGCGUGCCGCUCAUUGAGCUAUGUCGCCAAGCGGCUGCGCACUUGUCAGUGGAGUGGCCGUCCUCCCCCCGCGGCGGAAGGCAUUCAGGUUUGGUGGGAAAUAUCUGCCACCGGUCAACCACCGCUUGCCUCUUUUUCCAGACUUCGUUCGAUGAGCUUAAGACGACCUGGGCCCAGCCGCAUUCAGCCAAGCUGAUGUUGAAUGGGUAGUCCCACUUCAUGAAUAUGGAGGGGGCUUGUCCACGUGGCUCUGGUAGAUGGGAAGCUAGCUGGCUACCUAGCCCCUUUGGCUAACAAAAGGAUGGCUAACCCCAACCCGUCACUACCGAAUAAGUACUGUCAUUUUGCACUACUUUGCGCUCUGCUAAUGCCAUUUAGAAUUGGUUAGGCUAGGCUAUAACCCCCUAAACAUAGGCAGGUUCCACACUGAAAAUAUGUAAAAACAUUAGUUUGAUAAAGACAGAGCGUAUUUUCAUCAGAAUCAUUAAGCAUAUGCCUUCUCACUAAACAGAUGUUGUGGCCGUGCAUCACCAUGCAGUGUUCAAUGUGGAAUUGUUCAUCCAUUUAGAAAAUUCUAAAGAACAGGCAGAAUAAACUAAUUGAAGAUCGUGUUCCACGAUAUAAUAGAACAAGUUGAUAUUACGGUUUCAAUAAAUGGCACUUGCUUUUUUAUUGACUGAAUAUAUGCGCUCUAUAUGGGGAAAUUUAGCCAUUAGGAUGUGUUAUCUGUAAUGGUUAUGAUAAAUUAGGCAUUGCUGCGAUCUGAUGGCAUAUAGAUAAAUGCGCAUAUUUUUUUCCAGUGCUGGCCUUGUCUUCUAAAAAUAUAUAACCACCCAUACACAAAAAUGUAUGCACGCAUGACUGUAAGUCAUGAUCCCUAGUGCGGAUCUGCUAUCCAGGGUGGGGGCCCCCACUCUCGGGGGUGGAGGCUGCACCCCUGGGUGAUCUUCCAGAUAUAGGAAAUGGUCGGCAGGGCUGACGUAGCUCUUUACUAGGGAUGCAAAUUAGCCGUUUUGAUCUCAGAAUAGACCAUCCACGUGAAUCGUGUAGAUCUGAAGGGAAAAAUAUAUUUGGCGGAGCCUCUGGACUGAGCACAGAAAGUUAAAUGUAUUGAACUAACUUAUUAGAAAAGUAGUUCAAUUGCACUCGUUUCUCAUAAUUCCUGAAAAGAAUGCAUCAGUGAAUCGUAUUCCUGCAACUAUCUGAAGAAGUAAUGCCUGUUCUUGUGUGCCUGUGUGUGGUUGUGUAGCCUGUUAGCAUGCCUAAACAGUCAUUUCUAAAACCUUACCAAUUAAAUGUUCACUGCAAAUAGGCCUACCUGGCAGAAUGAUAUCAUGUUGAUUUGUAUCAAUCGGGUGGGCAUUUGUUUCGCAAACUCUCCCAUCCCAUGAAACAUCGCUACAAGAACCGCUACAGAAACUCUGCUACCAAACACAAUGGUCUCUUGCUGGUGCACAAUUGAAUUAAAUGGCAACUACAACUUAUUUGUCACAUGCGCUGAGUACAUUGAUAUAUAGAAUGAGCUAAUUAUUUCAAAAGGCAUCAAACGUAUUUGGUUGUAAUGUUAUAAUGUUUUACAUCAGGGUUGGUCAACCAUCUUUUAGGAGAGCUAAUAGGUGUGCAGGCUUUUAUUCCUGUCCACCUCUAAAGGCAUCAGCAUGCUUCAGUUCGGCUGGCGCCUAGCCAAACUCGGCUAGCCGAACCGAACGCGUGUGCUCGCAUAUUCCCAUAAAAGACCUUCGCUUGAAAAAUGAGAAAAAAGUGGCAAUAGUACUGUUUGUCCAUUUUGAGACUCGUAGCCAGUAUUCACUUCCUCAAAAUAGUUAACCCUAAGAUAACUCAAGAAAUCUGUCAUUAAUUUACAUGUUUGGUGCAGUAUUUCGCAAUGAAAAAAUGUGCAUGAAAACAGGUAGUCUCUCGUUGAAUGACUACAAAUACUUUAUUGAAGAAUCCCUACCGUUGACCAAUCACCGACGAAGGGGCAUAGACUUCGGCUCCAAACUUCGGCUUGCCUCCAGAAAACAUUUAGUGUGCCCAAACAGCCGAAAAAACCCUCACCGAAGUCCAAAACGUCGCAUAAUGUCAUGAUAAUAUAUGCACGAACUCUGCCAAACUGUUUAGUUUGGGAAGCAUGCGGAUGCCUUAACAACCCACAUUUUAGAAAUGAGCUAGUCAACCGGACCUUGAUAAACUGUCUCUGAUGUGUUUGAGCAGGGCUUGAUCAAAAGCCUGCACACCCAGUAGCUCUCCAGACUGAAGGUUGACCACGUGUUUUAUACAGUUGCCUAACAGGUAUUCAUUGUACUUUGUGGUAUGAAGUGCCUUGCUCAAUGACAGGAGAUGGUACAUGGGAUCAGAGUGCAGCCUCCCAGUGUUGAUACCACAUUACGCUUACCUUUGUAUACGUACAUAGAGAGGCCACCAAUUGUUGGUCAUGGAAAUUUGGUUCAAAGUUAUGGGGAAACCAUGAAAUUCCAUCUGUCAAAAUGUGUAUGAACCCUGUUACUAGCGUAUGCGCCUAAAUAUUUUGCUGUGUGAACUGGAAUUUUAAUUUAGGAGCACCAGUGCACCUAGAAAAAAAAGCUUUAUUACCUCAAAAUGUUUCAUUGUGCUCCUAAAUUUCUUUGUGUGCACCUACAUUUUUCAACGUAUGUGCACACAUGCUCCUUGUAAAAAAAAGUAGACUCUAAGGUGACGUUGCGUCGUAAUGUGGCCUUCGCCCUUAAGGUCAUGAAUGCCCUACAGGUCUCUAGCUUUUGAGCCUUUUCCCUUCUCUGUUUGCUUCUUUACAUUUACAUUUUUAGUCAUUUAGCAGACGCUCUUAUCCAGAGCGACUUACAUGAUCUGUUUAUUUUAUUUUUCAUACUGGCCCCCCGUGGGAAUCGAACCCACAACCCUGGCGUUGCAAACGCCAUGCUCUACCAACUGAGCUACAUCCCUGCCGGCCAUUCCCUCCCCUACCCUGGACGACGCUGGGCCAAUUGUACGCCGCCCCAUGGGUCUCCCGGUCGCGGCCGGCUACGACAGAGCCUGGAUUCGAACCAGGAUCUCUAGUGGCACAGCUAGCACUGCAAUGCAGUGCCUUAGACCACUGCGCCACUCGGGAGUCCGCUUCUGUGGAGCAGCGGCAGUUACAUGUCCGGUACGAGUGUUGCGCAUGUACAUUGAGCGUACCAGGGGUGUCUGUUUGUGUGACCAACUUUUUGUCUAUUUUGCUAAUCCAGCUCAUGGUGGAGUGCUUUCUAAGUAGCGUCUCUCCCACUGGAUUGUGGAGGCUAUUUCUCUGGCAUAUGACAGCAGAAGGCAGGAAUUACUUAAUGGUGUACGCGCCCACUCCGCCAGGGGUCUGGUGGCGUCUUGAGCGUUGUUUAAAGGGUUGCCUGUAGGAGAUGUUAGUGCUGCGGCGAGUUGGGCAUCACCACACACUUUUGUGAGGUUUUAUCACUUGCAUGUCACUGCCCCCAGUGAAGCCCACAGUGUGCUUACGGCCGGGGUGGGAGAGGGUCAUUAGUCAGUGUGCAGAUUGUGCAAUACCUUGGGUACCACACGUUUUCCUGUUUGGGUUGUAACUCUGGGUGGGCUGCCGUGGGCCAUUUCAUUUGGUGUCCACUGGGGUCGGCUUGGGGCAUGAUUUUGUAUCCCCAUAGCUGUAUUGAACCGAGUUGAUCGACUAAAAGGGAACGUACAGAUGACUAUAACUACUGUUCACUGAAGGAGGGAAACAACGUGCAACACCUGUUCGGCCCCGCACCGCCCAGUUCUGGACUCGGUGAAGAUCGGUACUGAAUUGAAGAAAUGAAUCUGUGCUUCGAGUUAUCACCUGUGGAAGGUGGCCUUGUCAGGCGUGAUUCGAAUGUUCUUCGGUAGAGGGCGCUAGCGCGCGAACUCCCCAUAACUGUGUUUUGACCUCGUUUCCUUUCUUCAGGAAACAGUAGUUAUAGUCAUAAGUAACUGUACGGUUUCUUUCAGCUUGACAUCCCUCCUCAUUGACCUCUGCGCGAUCCCUCUGAUCCAACAGCCACCAUGGCUGAGGAGCGGAGGCCGAAGCAGUGCACUGUGGUUCUGCCCACUGAGUCGAUGAAGGCCAUGGCAGAGUCCAUUGGAGUGGGGCAGCUACAGGAGGAGAGCUGUGCCGCCCUGAGCGAGGAGGUCAGCUACAGAAUAAAGGAGAUCGCUCAGGUAAGAGCAGGGCCGUGUUCCGAAAUGAUUUGCAACAGAGAAUGAUAAACUGUGAUCUUAUCGGAAGACUCACUUUUUGACAUGUCGCACCUCAGUUCGUAUCAAUACCAAUGAACACACAGGGUAAUUGUGUUACGAAAUGUGAUCCUUUGCUCAUAUCUUUUGUUUUCCACCUCCCUUUGUCUUCUAGGACGCGUUGAAGUUUAUGCACCACGGAAAGAGAUGUAAACUGACGACCAGCGACAUAGAUCAUGCUCUUAAACUGAAGAAUGUAGAGGUGAGGGGGACUAUAAUACGCCAUCAUGGAGAAAUGGUUCUUUCUUUGGAGAACUUUUCGCAGAACCUCAAUGGAAUAUAUAGGCUACAUUGAAAGGAACAUUUUAGGUUUCAUUUGCAUGAGCAGACUUGUGAAUUUAAUGAUAUCAAUCAAUUGGUGGGAUACAGUGCCUUCGGAAAGUACUCAGACCUCUUGACUUUUUCCACAUUUUGUUACGUUACAGCCUUAUUCUAAAAUGGAUUAAAUAAAUAAAAAUCCUCAGCUAUCUACACACAAUACCCAUUAACAACAAAGCGAAAACAGGUUUUUAGAAAUGUUGGCUAAACCCCCCCCCCCCCCCCCCCCCCCAAUAAAAACAGAUACCUUAUUUACAUAAGUAUUCAGACCCUUUGCUAUGAGACACAAAAUAAUUGAGGUCAGGUGCAUCCUGUUUCCAUUGAUCAUCCUUGAGAAGUUUCUACAACUUGAUUGGAGUCCACCUGUGGUAAAUUUAAUUGAUUGGACAUGAUUUGGAAAGGCACACACCCAUCUAUAUAAGGUCCCACAUUUGACAGUGCAAAAACCAAGCCAUGAGGUCGAAGGAAUUGUCUGUAGAGCUCCGAUACAGGAUUGUGUCAAGGCACAGAUCUGGGGAAGAGUACCAAAAAAUGUCUGCAGCAUUGAAGGUCCCCAAGAACACAGUGGCCUCCAUCAUUCUUAAAUGGAAGAAGUUUGGAACCACCAAGACUCUUCCUAGAGCUGGCCGCCCGGCCAAACUGAGCAAUCGGGGGAGAAGGGCAUUGGUCAGGGAAGUGAUCAAGAACCCGAUUAAGUGGUGAAUUAUUAUUAAUGAACUGUAGAGUUUUAGUGUACUGUGAGAUGAAACUGGGUUAAUCACAACAGUAAAGUUAGAAUUCUUUGUUACUGGGCCAGGAAUUGUAUUGGGUCAUUUAGUUUCACUGUGUGGGUGAGUAGAAAGGGAAUCUGCCCUAGGGUCAGAGUGCUUGCUCUUACUUAAAUCCAUGGCUGUCUUAUCUGAUGAGAGACUGAAACUAGCUUGUGGCCUUUUGUCUCUCUUCAAACACCGUGAAGGGAGUGGCACCAGGGUUGAAUAGAGUUUGGGCUAGACCUUUGUCUCCUUGGUAUAUUCUUGAUUGAUUACAGCAUGAUGGGGUGGGGUUUGUGUAUGUUUCAAGGAUUUAGGGCCUUGUCAUGUUUAAACUAAACAUGAGUGUGUGUGCAAGACAGGGGAGUGAGUGAUUGGUUGGAGUACUAUGUGCAUAAUAAAAGUCGAGUUUAGCCGCCCUCAGAGACAAAGGAAGUGGAGUGGAAAAGAGUGGGAGACUGUAGGAGGAGGGAUUUUAAGUGAAGAGAGAGACGGAAGUAGGUAUAUAUAGAGGGAGAGCAAGAGCGAGGCGGGGCUACUCUGCAGACCGGCCUGGCUUUGUUGAAACUCGAAUAAAGUCAUUUUUUUGCAACAAAAACUCAAAGUAUUUUGAUUUCUUAUAAAGUACAGUGAUUAAUUUUCCACAUCAAUGGUCACUCUGACAGAGCUCCAGAGUUUCUCUGUGGAGAUGGGAGAACCUUCCAGAAGGACAACCAUCUCUGCAGCACUCCACCAAUUAGGCCUUUAUGGUAGAGUGGCCAGACGGAAGCCACUCCUCAGUAAAAGGCACAUGACAGCCCGCUUGGAGUUUGCCAAAAGGCACCUAAUGGACUCUCAGACCAUGAGAAACAAGAUUCUCUGGGCUGAUGAAACCAAGAUUGAACACUUCGGCCUGAAUGCCAAGCAUCACGUCUGGAGGAAACCUGGCACCAUCCCUUCGGUGAAGCAUGGUGGUGGCAGCAUCAUGCUGUGGGGAUGUUUUUCAACGGCAGGGACUGGGAGACUAGUCAGGAUCAAGGCAAAGUUGAACGGAGCAAAGUACAGAGAGAUCCUUGAUGAAAACCUGCUCCAGAGCGCUCAGAACCUCAGACUGGUGCGAAGGUUCACCAUCCAACAGGACAACAACCCUAAGCACACAGCCAAGACAAUGCAGGAGUGGCUUCGGGACAUGUCUUUGAAUGUCCAUGAGUGGCCCAGCCACAGCCCAGACUUGAACCCCAUCGAACAUCUCUGGAGAGACCAGAAAAUAGCUGUGCAGCGACGCUCCCCAUCCAACUCAACAGAGCUUGAGAGGAUCUGCAGAGAAGAAUGGGAGAAACUCCCCAAAUACAGGUGUGCUAAGCUUGUAGCGUCAUACCCAAGAAGACUCAAGGCUGUAAUCGUUGCGAAGGUGCUUGAAGGAAAGUACUGAGUAAAGGGUCUGAAUACUUAUGUAAAUAUUAUAUUUCCGUUUUUUAUUUUUUAUAAAUUUGCUUACAUUUCUGAACCUGUUUUUGCUUUGUCAUUAUGGGGUAUUGUGUGUAGAUUGAUGAGGGGAAAAAACGAUUUAAUCAAUUUUAGAAUAAGGCUGAAACUUCACAAAAUGUGGAAAAGUUCAAGGAGUCUGAAUACUUUCCGAAGGCACUGUAGUUAUUGAUGGAAGUCACUGCACUGGUACAUGCACCAUUUCAGUUUGUCUGUAUCUAUACAACCAUCACAGUCAUCCUACUUGGUUUCAUAGCGGCCUCCUCUCUCUCCUCUCUCCUCCACAGCCUCUGUAUGGCUUCCAGUCGCAGGAGUUCAUCCCGUUCCGCUUCGCCAGCGGAGGAGGGCGGGAGCUUCACUUCUACGAGGAAAAGGAGGUGGACCUCAGUGACAUCAUCAACACACCCCUCCCUAGAGUCCCACUUGACGUUUCGCUGAAAGGUAUUCUUCAAUUUGUUUAUAUAUUUUUUUUUGGGGGGGGGGAUUUUACAAAAACGCAACUAUAUAUAUCUUAAACUAUUUCAAAGGUAAAGGUAUACCUUUGUUGAUGUAGAUUUAAUUCAUAAAAAUUAUUUAAUCAUUUUUCAAAAGUAAUUUCAAACUCCUUGACAGAAUUGUUGUGAACAACAGUGUUUGAGUUUGUUGAUUAUACAAGCUCUUGUUGCUCCUCUCUUGAUUUCCUCAGCUCACUGGUUAAGUAUUGAAGGUGUCCAGCCUGCUAUACCAGAGAACCCACCCCCAGGUGAGACGUCCGUCCGUCCGUCCGUCCGUCUGUGUUUGUCUAUGCAUUCUUCUUGAAACAACCACAUUUGCAAUAUGUGGAUAUACCAUCUCCCUUCUGUCCCAUUCUCUUUCCCUCAGCCCCCAAAGAGCAGCAGAAGGCUGAAUCUACAGAGCCCCUCAAAGCGGUCAAGCCUGGUCAGGAGGAGGAGGGGGGCUCCAUCCAGAAGGGCCAGGGUGCUACAUCUGCAGAGGCUAAAGGUCAGUGUAUUCUCUGUUUGUAAUGUCUACUGUCUCUCCAUCCGUCUGUCUGUACUGUCUGUGUGUCUGUACUGUAUGCCAUCUUAAAAUUGUACAUGCACAAGUAGAGUUGGAUUAUGUAUUUUUUAAAUAUUACAUUGAGAUUUAUUUAAUUGUAUGUGUGGGACAAAACAAACCACAUCCAUGACAUUCAAGAUAUUCUUCAGUAUUAAACACAUUCUUAAAGGGGCAAUCAGCAGUUUAAACAAUAUCAAAGCGUUCUCUCCGCUUUGGUUGGGUGAUGUCAACCUUUGUCCUAUCAUGAUUAUGUACUCAUAAAACAUUGGGAUAUAUUUACAUUUUAGUCAUUUAGCAGACGCUCUUAUCCAGAGCGACUUACAGUCAUUAUUUUUUUCAUACCCCCGUGGGAAUCAAACCCACAACCCUGGCGUUGCAAAGAAACACAGUUGGGCUGAAACCACCGUUAGGCUAUAGUGUGAAAUCAUAUGCUACAACAGGACGAAUCAUGAUGAAAGAUAAUGUUGUUGAAAGGCUAAGUACAGGCAAAUAUUUUCUAAUAUUCCUUUCUGGUGGAGCUUCGUUAUGGAACAUGUUGUGUGUGUGUGUGUGUGUCUUGCGAGAUGGUGGAACUUUGUUAGGUGAAUUCAUUGUUUGAUCAGGAGAGAAAGCAUGCAUGCAUAAAACGAUGAAAGCGUAGCCUAGCCCAAAGUCAUAUUGAAUGGAGAGACAAGGGAAUAUAGCCUACGUUUUUUUAAAAACCGCUAUACACAACAUAGUUAAGUGUCCGUUAUAUUUUUUUUUAUAUGUUUAGGCUAUAAGGCCCAUGCAUCCGACAUAGCAAAAGAGAGAAAGAAUAUUUACUGACUGGACAAUUUGCGCCGCUUUGGUGGAAUUCUCCACUCUGUCUAGCCCACAUUCCUCUCUUGCGUUCUGUAUGCCUGUUUAAUCUAGGUUAUUUACUGGGAAUGUCACUUUUGUGCUGCCCUGCCGUGUGCUGCCCGACUCCGUUUACUGCACAGCGCCAGUUCAAAUAGGCUAAACCAUCGUCUGUCACACGAUGUCGUCACCAUCGACGAUGGCUGUCAAUCAUCGUCGAUAGAUGAUACUAUGGUAAUAUCGCCCAACCCUACCCCACCCACCACUGUUUGGGAUGGGGCCGGAAAAUGUAACCAUUCUCACAUUCAUAGACGGAGCUAUAUGGAUGCAUGACCAUCCAGGAUAUCAACGUUUUAACCAUGUUUUGAGGCUAUACAGUGUUUUAUUUUUGACAUUUACUUUGUGUACAAACAUUGGAGUAAAACAAGCUUAUAUGUCGGGUUGUUACAGGCUUUGGUUUUUCCAUUUAUGUUUUGAGAUUCAGCACGUAUAGCUUGUUAGCACGGAGGGCGCACCGAUAGUCAGUAUGUGUUACGCCUGUGCUGGUUGCCAUCUCGUUAGUGGGAAGGUGUUUCACCUGUGCUGGCCCAGUGCUCCAGUUGUCUUGAAAGAUGCGGAGGGUUAACACCUUUAGUUGGCUCUCCCUAUUUGGUUUCUAGACAAACAAUCCUUUAUCUGAUUUUAUUUUGCUCCACUUUUUGGUUUGCUUCCUGUCUUUUAAGUUUGGUGUGGUUUUUCUUUUGUUUGCCUCUUGGUCAAAUUUAGUGGGUGCUCAUGGUGGGUGUGUUUCAGGUUCCAGUUGUUGUUGCUAGUCAACUUUCAAUGGAGUGUCUUUCAGAACCCCUCCUAAAACCCCACCUGUUUCGUUUUGGUUGUUGGUCAGUGACACUUUGUUAGUUCCCCCUUCUGUUCGAGCGACAUUUUUAGUUUUCUUGCUGGGGAACGUAACAGGGUUCUGAUGGGGUACAACAAUUGAACUAAGCCCAUGAGGCAUUUAGAAGUUAUAUUCUUCAAGAAUCAAUGGGUACAUAUAAUUAAGUCAAAAAAUGGAUGUAGAUCUGCAGAUGGCCCCUUUUAAGGAAAAGCAAUUCCUAUUUAAUAAACAUUUGAUUGCAUGGCUCUCUUUCCCUGUGUGUUUUUCUACCUCCCGAUUCCCAGGUAAGAAGGAGGGUCUGAUGAGGAUGAAGCCCCGCAGUACUCACGAGCUCUCAGUGGAGCAGCAGCUUUACUACAAGGAGAUCACGGAGGCCUGCGUCGGAUCCUGUGAGGCCAAGAGAGCAGUGAGUCAACUGUGUGUGCAUGUGAGAGAGAGUUGUGUGUGUGUGUCUCCUCCAAAAUGAUUGGCACACUUGAUGAAGAUGAGCAAAAUACUGUAAAAUAAACAAUACAAAUGCUGAGCUACACUACAUGGCAAAAGGUUUGUGGACACCCCUUCAAGUUAGUGGAUUCGGCUAUUUCAGCCAUACCCGUUGCUGACAGGUGUAUCAAAUCGAGCACGCAGCCAUGCAUUCUCCAUAGACAAACAUUGGAAUGGCCUUACUGAAGAGCUCAGUGACUUUCAACGUGGCACCGUCAUAGGACGCCACCUUUCCAACAAGUCAGUUCGUCAAAUUUCUGCCCUGCUAGAGCUGUUAUUGUGAAGUGGAAACGUCUAGGAGCAACAACGGCUCAGCCGCGAAGUGGUAGGCCACACAAGCUCACAGAACUGGACCGCCGAGUGCUGUAGCGCGUAAAAAUCGUCUGUCCUCUGUUGUAACACUCACUACUUAGUUCCAAACUGCCUCUGCAAGCAACGUCAGCACAAUAACUGUUCGUCGGGAGCUUCAUGAAAUGGGUUUCCAUGGCCGAGCAGCCGCACACAAGCCUAAGAUCACAAUGCCAAGCGUCGGCUGGAGUGGUGUAAAGCUCGACGCCAUUGGACUCUGGAGUGAUGAAUCACGCUUCACCAUCUGGCAGUCCGAUGGACGAAUCUGGGUUUGGCGGAUGCCAGGAGAAUGCUACCUGCCCGAAUGCAUAUUGCCAACUGUAAUGUUUGGUGGAGGAGGAAUAAUGGUCUGGGGCAGUUUUUCAUGGUUCGGUCUAGGCCCCUUAGUUCCUGUAAAGGGAAAUCUUAACGCUACAGCAUACAAUGACAUUCUAGAUGAUUCUGUGCUUUUUGAAGUUUUAAUGACUCCAACCUAAGUUUAUGUAAACUUCCGACUUCAACUGUAUGUGUGUAUAUUUGUAUAUACAGGUAACUGCCAAAAUAAAGGAAACACCAACGUGUCUUAAUAGGGCGUUGGGCCAUCACGAGCCAGAACAGCUUCAAUGUGCUUUGGCAUAGAUUUUACAAGUGUCUGGAACUCUAUUGGAGGGAUGUGACAACAUUCCUCCAUGAGAAAUUCCAUCAUUUGGUGUUUUGUUGAUGUUGGUGGAGAACACUGCCUCAGGCGUCGCUCCUGAAUCUCCCAUAAGUGUUCAAUUGGGUUGAGAUCUGGUGACUGAGACACAUUUUACAUUUACAUUUUAGUCAUUUAGCAGACGCUCUUAUCCAGAGCGACUUACAGUUAGUGAGUGCAUACAUAAUUUUUUAUACUGGCCCCCCGUGGGAAUCGAACCCACAACCCUGGCGAUGCAAACGCCAUGCUCUACCAACUGAGCUACAUCCCUGCCGGCCAUUCCCUCCCCUACCCUGGACGACGCUUGGCCAAUUGUGCGCCGCCCCAUGGGUGUUACGGCCGGCUACGACAGAGCCUGGAUUCGAACCAGGAUCUCUAGUGGCACAGCUAGCACUGUGAUGCAGUGCCUUAGACCACUGCGCCACUCGGGAGAUACGCACACACACACCCUUUAUGCUCCAAUGAGAGCACUCUUUGAAAGUCACUGAGUCUCUUCUUCUAGCCAUGGUAGACAAAAUAAUGGUAAACUGGGCAUUUCUAUACAUUACCCUAAGCAUGAUGUUAAUUGCUUAACCACACCUGUGUGGAAGCACCUGCUUUUAAUAUACUCUGAGUGUACAAAACAUUAGGAACAUGCUCUUUCCAUGACAUUGACUGACCAGGUGAAUGCUAUGAUACGUUAUUGAUGUCACCUGUUAAAUCCACUUCAAUCAGUGUAGAUGAAGGGGAGGAGACAGGUUAAAGAAGGAUUUUUAAGCCUUGAGACAUGGAUUGUGUAUGUGUGCCAUUCAAAGGGUGAAUGGCCAAGACAAAAUAUUUAAGUGCCUUUGAACGGGGUAUGGUAAUAGGUGCCAGUCACACCGGUUUGAGUGUGUCAAGAACUGCAACGCUGCUGGUUAUUUUACACUCAACCGUUUCCCGUGAUUAUUAAGAAUGGUAAAUUGGAGUCAACAUGAGCCAGCAUCCCUGUGGAAUGCUUUCAACACCUUGUAGUCCAUGCCCCGACGAAUUGAGGCUGUUCUGAGGGCAAAAGGGGGUGUAACUCAGUAUUAGGAAGGUGUUCCUAAUGUUUUGUACUCUGUGUACUUUGUAUCCCUCAGUUACUCAAGAGUUUCCUUUAUUUGGGCAGUUACCUAUCUGUGUGUGGUUUUCUUAUUGUUGCAUCAUGUCAUCCCUCUGACCCAUGUCUCUCUUGUCUCCUUCAGGAGGCUCUACAGAGUAUCGCCACAGACCCUGGGCUCUACCAGAUGCUCCCCAGAUUCAGCACUUUUAUUUCUGAAGGGGUGAGCUGUUUUUUCUGUCAAUUACUCUCACCUAGGGCUCUAAAGUGCGACCAAUUUGGGCGCAUAUGCAACAAAGUAUUUAGCUGUGCGACCAGGAGUUUUAUUUUGGGAGCACUGUGUGACUAGGAAAGAAAUCUCCUAGAUAAAAAAAUGUUUAAUGCGAAGGCUACGCUGUACCGUUGUUUCCGAGUGCCCUAGAGAAAUAAGCGAAUGCAGAUUCGAUAGCGUCAUGGUCACACCAUCACUACUACGAAAACUUCUUGCUUUGUAGUCCAACCAGGUCAAAAGAUCUGACCCAUAUUACCAGCGCAACAUUUUUUACUUCCUAUAGCGGAUCACCGGUAUAUGAUACGACCGCAUUUUACAUUUGUCAUGGGCUGUUCUAAAACUACUCCCGUGUCGUUAACUAUUUGUUUACGCUUUAUAGUCAUGUUACCUCAUUGGCUAGCUAGCUAACAUCCUGGUAACUUUACCGGUAUAGCCAAACAUUUUGGGGCACAGAAAGAAAGGAAAAGGGCUAGCUUCUUCGGGAGCUCAAUGAUCAUAGACAUUUUUAUUCUUUUGUAAAGCAAUUCAAAAUAUGCAAUUACAUAAAAAACAGAGUAUACAAACAUUACAAACAACAGUCGGGAAUACAGACAAUACAUUAUGUAAAGACCUUGUAAAAAGUACAAACAUUACGUUUUGAUAGCUUUUUUGUUAUGAGAAGAAGGAAAUAUUUUUCAUAUAUUGUUUAAUUUAAUUCUAAAAAGGAGGUUUUCGAAUAUGGAAUUUAGCUAAAAUAUCAAUGAGGUUGAUUAAGAAGAAAGGCUUCGCAUAGUCUUUGCUAUACCUUUUAAAAACAAAUAUUACAUUUAAGUAAAAGGGCAAAAUGUGGAUGUACAGCGAGCUCCAAAAAUAUUGGGACUGUGACACAUUUUGUGUUUGUUUUGGCUUUGUACUCCAGCUCUUUGAAAUUAUACAAUGACUAUGAGCUUAAAGUGCAGACUGUCAGCUUUAAUUUGAGGAUAUUUCCAAAAGUAUUGGGACAAAUUCACUUAUGUGUAUUAAAGUAGUCAGAAGUUUCGUUUUUGGUCCCAUAUUCCAAGCACGCAAUGAUUACAUCAAGCUUGUGACUCUACAAACUUGUUGGAUGCAUUUUCUGUUUUUUUCUUUUUUUAUUCAGAUUAUUUUGUGCCCAAUAGAAAUUAAUGGUACAUAAUGUAUUGUCACUUUUAUUGUAAAUGAGAAUAGAAUGUUUCUAAACACCUCUACAUUAAUGUGGAUGCUAGCAUGAUUAGGGAUAGUCCUGAAUGAAUUGUGAAUAAUGAUGAGUGAGAAAAUGAAAGACGCACAAAUAUCAUGCAGGGUUCAUACACAUUUUGACAGAUGGAAUUUAAUGACUUUUCCAUGAGUUCUUCAUUACUUUUGACCAAAUUUCCAUGACCAACAAUUGGCGGCGUCUCUAUGUACGUACAGUGGGGGAAAAAAGUAUUUAGUCAGCCACCAAUUGUGCAAGUUCUCCCACUUAAAAAGAUGAGAGGCCUGUCAUUUUCAUCAUAGGUACACGUCAACUAUGACAGACAAAAUGAGAUUUUUUUUCUCCAGAAAAUCACAUUGUAGGAUUUUUUAUGAAUUUAUUUGCAAAUUAUGGUGGAAAAUAAGUAUUUGGUCAAUAACAAAAGUUUCUCAAUACUUUGUUAUAUACCCUUUGUUGGCAAUGACACAGGUCAAAUGUUUUCUGUAAGUCUUCACAAGGUUUUCACACACUGUUGCUGGUAUUUUGGCCCAUUCCUCCAUGCAGAUCUCCUCUAGAGCAGUGAUGUUUUGGGGCUGUCGCUGGGCAACACGGACUUUCAACUCCCUCCAAAGAUUUUCUAUGGGGUUGAGAUCUGGAGACUGGCUAGGCCACUCCAGGACCUUGAAAUGCUUCUUACGAAGCCACUCCUUCGUUGCCCGGGCGCUGUGUUUGGGAUCAUUGUCAUGCUGAAAGGCCCAGCUACGUUUCAUCUUCAAUGCCCUUGCUGAUGGAAGGAGGUUUUCACUCAAAAUCUCACGAUACAUGGCCCCAUUCAUUCUUUCCUUUACACGGAUCAGUCGUCCUGGUCCCUUUGCAGAAAAACAGCCCCAAAGCAUGAUGUUUCCACCCCCAUGCUUCACAGUAGGUAUGGUGUUCUUUGGAUGCAACUCAGCAUUCUUUGUCCUCCAAACACGACGAGUUGAGUUUUUACCAAAAAGUUCUAUUUUGGUUUCAUCUGACCAUAUGACAUUCUCCCAAUCCUCUUCUGGAUCAUCCAAAUGCACUCUAGCAAACUUCAGACGGGCCUGGACAAGUACUGGCUUAAGCAGGGGGACACGUCUGGCACUGCAGGAUUUGAGUCCCUGGCGGCGUAGUGUGUUACUGAUGGUAGGCUUUGUUACUUUGGUCCCAGCUCUCUGCAGGUCAUUCACUAGGUCCCCCCGUGUGGUUCUGGGAUUUUUGCUCACCGUUCUUGUGAUCAUUUUGACCCCACGGGGUGCGAUCUUGCGUGGAGCCCCAGAUCGAGGGAGAUUAUCAGUGGUCUUGUAUGUCUUCCAUUUCCUAAUAAUUGCUCCCACAGUUGAUUUCUUCAAACCAAGCUGCUUACCUAUUGCAGAUUCAGUCUUCCCAGCCUGGUGCAGGUCUACAAUUUUGUUUCUGGUGUCCUUUGACAGCUCUUUGGUCUUGGCCAUAGUGGAAUUUGGAGUGUGACUGUUUGAGGUUGUGGACAGGUGUCUUUUAUACUGAUAACAAGUUCAAACAGGUGCCAUUAAUACAGGUAACGAGUGGAGGACAGAGGAGCCUCUUAAAGAAGUUACAGGUCUGUGAGAGCCAUAAAUCUUGCUUGUUUGUAGGUGACCAAAUACUUAUUUUCCACCAUAAUUUGCAAAUAAAUUCAUUAAAAAUCCUACAAUGUGAUUUUCUGGAUUUUUCUUUCUCAAUUUGUCUGUCAUAGUUGACGUGUACCUAUGAUGAAAAUUACAGGCCUCUCUCAUAUUUUUAAGUGGGAGAACUUGCACAAAUGGUGGCUGACUAAAUACUUUUUCCCCCACUGUAUAUAAAAGUAAGCGUAAUAUCGACACUGGGAGGCUGCGCUCGGAUCCCAUGUAUCGUCUCUUGUCAUUGAACAAGGCACUUAACCCCCCCACAAAGUAGAAUACCUCUUAGGCAACUGUAUGAAACAUGUGGUCAGCCCUCAGUCUGGAGAGCUACUGGGUGUGAUCAAGCCCUGCUCAUACACAUCAGAGCCAGUUUGAGCGGUCCGUUUGAGCAGCUCAAUUCUAAAAUGUGGUUUGUUAGAGGGUGACAGAAAUAGAAGCCUGUACACCCAUUAGCUCUCCUGGAGGAUGGUUGACCACCCUUGAUGUAAAACACUGCAACAUUACAAGCAAAUAUGUUUCAUGCCUUUUGAAAUAAUUAGCUCAUUCAAUAUAUCAAAUGGCUAUGGUAGGCCACAAAUCAUUUUAUUCAGUUGAAGAAAGCCCACAAAUGUUCUUCAUGAAAAUGUACCUUUUCUAGUUUAGUUAUUUAUCUUAGCUACCUUACAUGUGUUUACUUUGCAGGCUGACUAGAAUCUAUUGAGUUGCAAUGUCCCAUACAUUGAAUGCCCAAAUCAACUGGAAGUAUCUACAAAACAAGUUUUGAAGCCACAUAAUCCAAAAGAAAGGCUAUCUCUAAUAUUUUUUCCUAAAAUUAAUGUUCACGAUUCACAAUUGAACCGAAUACCAACUAAUAUUUUGGCGAAGUAAAUCGUUUGUUUCGUUGAAAAUAAUAGUUUAAUUGAAUUAUAUGAAUCAUUAAAAAAAGUAAAUCAACUUUGUAUGGCCUUAUUCGCGAGUGUCGGCGAUACGUUUUUUUAGGACAUGAGAUGACAAACAUUAAUAGCCUACAUGCUAAUAAUAGCUAAACAGUUAACUAGAGGGUACAAGAUAUGUUUUGAAUUGGCUACCUAGUUAGUCUGUUCUCUAUCAUAUUUUAUAGGCUAGCCCUACCUGCUGCUGCAAUGUCCGACUGUCUUUCUCUCUCCUUGAGCAACGGCCGACUGGUCUCACACACAUGCAGGUGAUGCGUGCUAACCCUGAUCAUAAUGCUCACCUCCCCUGUUAUUGUAAUGGUGAGAGGUUAGCCCUGUCUUGGGGGUACGAUAUUUGUGCGUCAAACUUUCUCACUCAUUAUUCACGAUUCAUUCAGGACUAUCCAUAAUCAUGGUAGCGUCCACAUUAAUGUAGAAAUGUUUAGAAACAUAUUAUAUUCUUAUUUACUCCAAAAUGACACUACAUUAUUUACCAUUUACCAAAGUAAUCUGAAACGCAACCAAAACAAACAGCAAAUGCAUCCAACAAGUUUGUAGAGUCACAAGCUUGAUGUAAUCAUUGCGUGCUAGGAAUAUGGGACCAAAUACUAAACUUUUCAUUACAUGAAUACACAUAUAAGUGAAUUUGUCCCAUUACUUUUGGUCCCCUAAAAUUGGGGUACUAUGUUCAAAAAGUGCUGUAAUUUCUAAACGGUUCACCCGGUAUGGAUGAAAAUAGCCGUAUAUUAAAGCUGACAAUCUGUACUUUAACCUCAUAGUCAUUGUAUAAUUUCAAAUCCAAAGUGCUGGAGAACAAAGCCAAAACAACAAGAAAUGUAUCACUGACCCAAUCCUUUUAGAUCUCACUGUAUAUGAUCUAAAACAUAUCCACAGAUAUCUUGCCACAACUUCCGGGUAAAAGGCAAUACCAAAGUAUAUGUAAAACCGUCUCUGGUUGUUCAUUACAGAAGGUAAAAGAAGCAUCAGUCUUUUAAAAACGUUUUAAGAGAAUGUUUAGUAGGUUAGCACUUGUGGAUUAAUUAAUAUAAAACUUAUUUAAUCGUAUUAGUUCUUAAACUUCUGAGAAAUGAAUAUUUCUUAAAAGGCCAUUCCAGAAAGAUACUGUAUGACAUAUGGGACUGAAACGUCAUAUAGAAAUAAGGCACGCCCUUUCCCAUUGUUGUUAAAAACAGUAGGAGAGAAACAUAUCUUGCCCACUGGUGAGUCAGCUGGAUCAAGAUGUGGUAAAGAAGAGGGCAUAGAUUUGGCCACAUCCUUAAAAAGUACAAUAAGUCCAGAGGAGAUUGCAUCAAUAAUGAUCAUAGCAAUGAAUGAAUGAAUGACAUAUCUUCUCUUGCAUGUCAUCCUCACAAACCUGACAUUUUUAAAGAGACAGUGUACAAUUUUUCAAUGUAAUGCAUCUCAAUAGACAAAGUGCUUUUACACAAUGUAGAAACCUAAUAUUCCACAAAUGACUUUAUUUCAAUGACAGAUAUCUGUAUCAACAUCUUAGCUUUUAUAGUAAACGUAUGUCUUUACAGUGUUACAUAUUAGUUUCUAGGGCACAACAUGUGCUUCAAAAGUAGCUAGAAUUCAUAUAUAUGCCUUAUUUCAUUCAAUUAAUUUUUUUUUUUUUUUUUUUUUUUUUUUUUUUUUUUUUUUUUUUUUUUUUUUUUUCUGGUGCUCCUAAAUGUAAUGUGGUACACCUAACUUUAAGUUAUCAGUGAGAGCCCUGCUCUCACCUGCCAUCUACCCUCCUAGAUGCUGUUUUGCUGGGUUGUGUUCAUUAGGGCACACAAUAGAAAACUUUUCAAAACAUAUUUUCAACGAAAAUAUUGUUACCUGGUAGUGCCUCCCUGUUUCAAUACAUCUUUCAUCUGCUUGGUACCUAAUGAAUAUGAUGCUGAGGUGUCUCAGUGCAGUAGGGAUCAUGACCCCGUUACCUUUAGCUUGUUUUUCUCUUACGUCUUUCUCUUCUCCUGUAGGUCCGUGUGAACGUGGUGCAGAACAACCUGGCCCUGCUCAUCUACCUGAUGAGGAUGGUCAAGGCCCUCAUGGACAACCCCACACUCUACCUGGAGAAAUAUGUAAGCACAGCCAUGACACAGAACCUGCCUCUGUCAAAUUCGAACAAAGCCAAAUACCGUAAAAAGUCAACUGAAAACAAAAUCAAAACGCAUUGAAACCGAACUAUGACGCAGAUCAAUAUUACACACAGUAAACUGAAAACCAAAUCAGAAUAAAAUCAACUUGAUUUAUAGAGUAUUUCAAUACAGACGGACCUCAACUCAGUGCUGAUCAUAAAACCCCUUUUGUGUGUCCCUCUCUUGCGCCUCACCCUGGUUCCCUGGGUCGUGGUCUAGCUGCAUGAGUUGAUCCCAGCGGUGGUGACGUGUAUAGUGAGUAAGCAGCUGUGCUUGCGGCCUGACGUGGACAACCACUGGGCUCUGAGGGACUUCGCUGCCCGUCUCAUGGCCCAGAGCUGUAAGACCUUCAGCACUACCACCAACAACAUCCAGUCACGCAUCACCAAGACCUUCACCAAGGUAUGUGGAGAUGCAUCCGAUUGAUCAACUUUUACUAAUAAGGAUGUGUGUGUCUUUUGUAAAAAAUUAAAACAUUUAGUUAAACAUAUAAUACUGGGAUUGAGACAAUAGACAAUAAGCGGUGUUAUUAUUACUAGCCAUGAACAUCACCUUCCAUCUCCUCAGAGCUGGAUGGAUGACAAGACUCAGUGGACAACACGCUACGGCUGCAUCGCUGGACUGUCUGAACUAGGACCUGACGUGAGUUGUGCCUUUCUGUCUCUUGCACACUUGAAGAAAUGUUCUCACCCCAUAAUGUUUUCUCUCUUUCUCUCUCUUCAAUUCAAAGGGCUUUAUUGGCAUGGGAAACAUACAAAAGUAUGUGGACACCCUUUCAAAUUAGUGGAUUCGGCUAUUUCAGCCACACCCGUUGCUGACGGGUGUAUAAAAUUGAGCACACAGCCAUGCGAUCUCCAUAGACAAACAUUGGCAGUAGACUUACUGAAGAGCUCAGUGACUUUCAACGUGGCACUGUCAUAGGAUGCCACCUUUCCAACAAGUCAGUUGGUAAAAUGUCUGUCCUGCUAGAGCUGCCCCGGUCAACUGUAAGUGUUGUUAUUGUGAAGUGGAAACGUCUAGGAUAAACAAUGGCUCAGUCGCGAAGUGGUAGGCCACACAAGCUCACAAAACGGGACCGCCAAGUGCUGAAGCGCAUAGCGCGUAAAAAGCGUCUGUCCUCGGUUGCAACACUCACUACCGAGUUCCAAACUGCCUCUGGAAGCAACGUCAGCACAAGAACUGUUUCGUCGGGAGCUUCAUGAAAUGGGUUUCCAUGGCCGAGCACCUGCACACAAACCUAAGAUCAUCAUGCGCAAUGCCAAGCGUCGGCUGGAGUGGUGUAAAGUUCGCCGCCAUUGGACAGUAAACAUUACAAAUGUCGUAUUAUGGCUAUAUACACUACCAGUCACACCUACUCAUUCAAGGGUUUUUCUUUAUUUUUACUAUUUUUUACAUUGUAGAAUAAUAGUGAAGACAUCAAAACUAUGAAAUAACACAUGGAAUCAUGUAGUAACCAAAAAAGUGUUAAACAAAUCAAAAUAUAUUUUAUAUUUGAGAUUCUUAAAAUAAAGGCAAAGGGUGGCUAUUUGAAGAAUCUCAAAUAUAAAAUAUAUUUUGAUUUGUUUAACACUUUUUUGGUUACUACAUGAUUCCAUAUGUUUUAUUUCAUAGUUUUGAUGUCUUCACUAUUAUUCUACAAUGUAGAAAAUAGUCAAAAUAAAGAAAACCCUUGAAUGAGUAGGUGUCUAAACUUUUGACAGGUAGUGUGCAGUGUUGUAACGAUGUGCAAGUUGUACAAAUGGGAAAAUAAAUAAACAUAAAUAUGGGUUGUAUUUGUAUCAAGGCUAUGCUCCCUGAGUCUGUACAUAGUCAAAGCUUUCCUUAAUUUUGGGUCAGUCAGUGGUCAGGUAUUCUGCCACUGUGUACUCUCUGUUUAGAGCCAAAUAGCAUUCCAGUUUGCUCCGUUUUUUUAGUAAAUUCUGCAUGCAAAGUCUCAAUUUGGUGUUUGUCCCUUUUGUGAAUUCUUGGUUGGUGAGCGGAUCCCAGACCUCUCAACCAUAAAGGGCAAUGGGAUUCUAUAACUGAUUCAAGUAAAAAUAAUAAAUUAUUAUUAGGAUCUAAAAAUACUUGAAUCAGUUAUAAACUCGGCAAAAAAAGAAAUGUCUUCUCACUGACAACUGUGUUUAUUUUCAGCAAACUUAACAUGUGUAAAUAUUUGUAUGAACAUAAGAUUCAACAACUGAGACAUAAACUGAACAAGUUCCACAGACAUGUGACUAACAGAAAUUGAAUAAUGUGUCCCUGAACAAAGGGUGGGGGGUCAAAAUCAAAAGUAACAGUCAGUAUCUGGUGUGGCCACCAGCUGCAUUAAGUACUGCAGUGCAUCUCCUACUCAUAGACUGCACCAGAUCUGCCAGUUCUUGCUGUGAGAUGUUACCCCACUCUUCCACCAAGGCACCUGCAAGUUCCCGGACAUUUCUGGGGGGAAUGGCCUUAGCCCUCACCCUCCGAUCCAACAGGUCCCAGACGUGCUCAAGGUCCUCGGCACAUCUGGGAUCCGGGCUCUUCGCUGGCCAUGGCAGAACACUGACGUUCCUGUCUUGCAGGGAAUCACGCACAGAACGAGCAUUAUGGCUGGUGGCAUUGUCAUGCUGGAAGGUCAUGUCAGGAUGAGCCUGCAGGAAGGGUACCACAUGAGGGAGGAGGAUGUCUUCCCUGUAACGCUCAGUCCGAUGAUGCUGUGACACAGCUCCAGACCAUGACGGACCCUCCACCUCCAAAUCGAUCCCGCUCCAGAGUACAGGCCUCAGAGUAACGCUCAUUCCUUCAACGAUAAACGCGAAUCCGACCAUCACCCCUGAUGAGACAAAACCGCGACUCGUCGGUGAAGAGCACUUUUUGCCAGUCCUGUCUGGUCCACCGACGGUGUGUUUGUGCCCAUAGGCGACGUUGUUGCCGGUGAUGUCUGGUGAGGACCUGCCUUACAACAGGCUACAAUCCCUCAGUCCAGCCUCUCUCAGCCUAUUGCAGACAGUUUGAGCACUGAUGGAGGGAUUGUGCGUUCCUGGUGUAACUCGGGCAGUUGUUGUUGCCAUCCUGUACCUGUCCCGCAGGUGUGAUGUUCGGAUGUACCGAUCCAGUGCAGGUGUUGUUACACGUGGUCUGCCACUGCGAGGACGAUCAGCUGUCUGUCCUGUCUCCCUGUAGCGCUGUCUUAGGCGUCUCACAGUACUGACAUUGCAAUUUAUUGCCCUGGCCACAUCUGCAGUCCUCAUGCCUCCUUGCAGCAUGCCUAAGGCACAUUCACGGAGAUGAGCAGGGACCCUGGGCAUAUUUCUUUUGGUGUUUUUCAGAGUCAGUAGAAAGGCCCCUUUAGUGUCCUAAGGUUUUCAUAACUCUGAACCUAAUUGCCUACCGUCUGUAAGCUGUUUGUGUCUUAAUUAAUUAAUUUAACGACCGUUCCACAGGUGCAUGUUCAUUAAUUGUUUAUGGUUCAUUGAACAUGCAUGGGAAAGAGUGUUAAACCCUUCACAAUGAAGAUCUGUGAAGUUAUUUGGAUUUUUACUAAUUAUCUUUGAAAGACAGGGUCCUGAAAAAGGGACGUUUCUUUUUUUGCCAAGUUUAGGAACCCAUUGCCCUUUAUGGUUGUGAGGUCUGGGAUCCGCUCACCAAUCAAAAAUUCACAAAAUGGUAUGUCGAAUUUUAUGUUCCUCUCUCUCCCUCCCUCUUCUCUCCCUCUCCAGGUGAUCAAGACUUUGAUCCUUCCCAGGCUCACUGUAGAAGGAGCUCGUAUCAAAUCAGUGUCUGAUGGACCCGUUGUCUCUAACAUCGAUAAGAUAGGAGCAGACCACGUCCAAAGCCUUUUACUGGUGAUGAACCAAACACAAACUAUUGUUGUUCUAUUGUUAACUCAAAUUGUCAUACUCAUUUAUGUUCAUUCCAUUUGAUGCCUCUUUAUGAUAGAACAUGUUUCUGUUUUAUUCUCAUGUACCUGAUUUGUUAAAACAAAUAGGAUCAUAGACAACAUACAGUAUUAUAGACACCUCUACAUACAUACAUUUUAGGGCCAGUUUCCCAAAUUCUGGACUUAAAAGCUCCACUGAACAUGCAGCUUAAUCUGUGUCCGGGAAACUGGCCUUUAAAGUCACAUACCCACCUGUGAGAGAUACAAAGAUACUUGACUAAUAUCCUCUUCUCUCUCAGAAACACUGUGCCAGCGUCAUCGCUAAAACUGGUCCCCUGCCUGACAACGUGGAGCAGUACCGGGUGGACUAUGGUUAUCUUGGGCCCAUGCUGUGUUCUCAUGUGGUCAAGGCCCAGGGGCCCCAGGCAGCCACUACAGGCCCAGCAGGUCAACAGAACCACACUCCACCAAUCACACAGGUAGGCACUGGACGUCAAAACAACUGGUUUGUCACCCGGCUUAGUUUUAGGUAAACAUUACAUGUUAUUUAAAUGUUGGUGUAAAAAAUAUGUACAUGAACUGGGGUCAUUUCCAUUUAAAUUCAGGCAGUUCAGGAAGUAAACUUAAAUUCCAAUUCUCUUCAUUGAAAACAGUUGGAAUUGACUUCAACGCUGAUAUGAACUGACAAUAUCAGCAACUUCAUCCUGUUAGUGUAAAGUAACAUAACAAAACCCAAUCUGAAGUCCUACUGUAUCUGUUUGUUUGUAUUGCAGCCUCGGCCCACCCUAACAGUGUCUCAGAGCGGGAUAGGAGGGUCAGGGGGGUCCCGUACCCCCAGCAUCAUCAAGGUACCCAGCUCCCUCACCCUCAUGUCCACCCGACCAGGCACCCCAACACAGCCAUCGCCCCCGGCAACCAAGUACAUCGUCAUGGCAACCAGCUCAGGCGCAUCUUCCACCCAGCAGGUACUGUGGACUGCAGUUUUGUUUGUUUUUGUUUUCUUUGAAAUGGUAACGAAGACGAUUUUAUUUAAGAGCAUGAAUACUAUUCACUCUGUCCUCCUAGAUUCACAUAUAAGGUGUGGUCGUAAAUAAACAUUUAUUGAUAUCCUAUACAUUCACUUUUUAAUAGACAUUUAAGUGUCUCUAAUAAAAGUCAUUAUCUAGAUGUCCUAGUAGUGGUGAUGUGUAAUGUAAUAUUCCCCUCUCCUUUACUUCAGGUGAUCACGCUGAGUUCCUCCUCUGCCUCCUCAGUGACCAGCACGGUCGCCAGCGCUACCUCCACCCUGCAGCCUCUGGUCAAGCUGGAGUCCGGAGGGGCCGGCAGCCUGGGGGGGUCGCGACCCCUCCAGAAGUACAUUGUGGUGUCCCUCCCCACGUCCACCUCCUCCUCUCUGGAAAGUAAGAGUGGCGUGCUCCCUCCCUCCUCCUCCACCUCCCCCAUCUUGCUGGAAGCCGGGAUGAAGAUGGAACGUUCAGACUCCCCCGGCGCCAGCACACAGUCCCCGCACUGAGACUCUGGCUGUGUCCCAAAUGGCAACCUAUUCCCUAUAUAGUGCACUACUUUUGACCAGGGUCCAUAGGG